AUGUCGUAAGCAAUUGAAAAUACACAAGAAUGUUAACUUACCUUAGAACUACUAGAAAAUGUAUAUUAAUAUUUAAAUAAAGGUAAUUAACUAUUCUAAAAAUUAAAUCCUUAAUAGGACAUGAAAGAAAUCAAUAAACUAUUCCAAAAAGUAGAAAAUGCAAGUAUUUGUUUCAAUAUGAUUUGCCAUUAUGUGGAUUAACUAAAUUUUGAGAAUGAUGAAUUAUUAAAUUCAUAUUAAAAUUUAGAAUAACAAUUAAUUUAAAAAGAAGGCGAAACUAGAAGACAUAUUUCAAUUGAAUCACAAUUGAAAUUAUAUGCUGAAAGUUUAUUGGAGAGUUUUGAAGAGUUUUAAAAAUAAUUAGACAAUUUAAAUUCUUAGAUGAUUGUACAUAUUUUAAUGAUAAGUCCAUUUCAAAAGAAAACAUUUGCCUAAAAUAAUAAAUAAGGUUAAAUAAAAAUGAGAAAGUACUAACCGAUAAUAGUUAAGAGAGAUUUAUCACUCUGAUUUCCUAGUAGAACUAGCGAAAUGGGAUUCCAUAAAAAAAAAGAUCUUUAGAAUCUUAAAAGUAAAAAUGUACUAUUUCUUUCAGAUUUAGGAUUUCAUAGACUUAAUAUCAAGAUAGAUUGUAAAUAAUUUGCAAUAUACUAAAAAAC